AAAAACAAUUUAUAGCAAAGUUAAACACUUUGUACAUAAGUUCGUACAGUGCAUGUUGAUAAUAUUAAAAUUAUCACUUUAAAGAACAAAAAAAAAGAAAAAAAAGAAAAAAAAAUACUGAAAAAACCUGUAACGGUAGUGUCAUAUUUACUUCGUAUUGUAUACAUUUUAGCCUGAUAAUUCAAAAUGUUGACAAAGUCCUCCAUUUUUCUAAUAAGAAUGGUAUAAAAUAUGAUUUCUUCAAAAAAAAAAAAAAAAAAAAAAAAAAGAGUCAAGUACUUGGUACUUCUUUUAUUUGUUGCCAAGAAGAAGAAAUGAUUGUAUUUUAAGAAACCACAAAAAAUUGUGGUUUUUUUUUCUCCUUAUGACAAGUGACGUUUUUAUCAAAUUGAAUAGAAGAAAUUACGAUUCGCGUUGCAUUUGUCUGAUUGAUUAAAAAUAAGUCUUAUGAGAAGGCAAUUGAUAAAAACUGACUGAUUUUAAUAAUAUAAGUUUUAUAGUCGAUUUUUCAACGAAGAUUUUAGAUGUGUAAAUGUCAUAUUUAAACAUGGAUCAACUCUCGAGAAUUUCAAUGAAGAAUUGAUAAUAGAAACUAAUUUAAAUGAAAUUUUUUCUAUAUGCACGUUUGUCAUUUUUUGUUUUUUUUUUUUAUUUAAGUUUAAAAAAAAACUAAAAUUGUGUUUUAGGAGAUAGAUCUUUUGUUUUUAAAUGAAAUUUUUGUUUUAAUUUAAAAAAUUUCUGUUUUUAAAAUGUUGUUUUUUUAAACUAGGGAGACACGUUUGUUAAACUUUCGAUAUUGCGAAAUGUUGUUUUUUUUGCACUAUUUUUUUUUGUUUUUAAUAUUGUCGAGCAUAUUAUAUUGAGUAUAACGUUAAACACAAGAUUAUUUCAACGAAGUUAAGAUGAGCGAUUACUUGGCAGCUUUUUAACAUUAAUAUAUUUACAAAAAAAAAAAGUAUUGUCACUACAAAUACUCUUGAACAUUUUAAUUAUAAACAAUUCAUACGUUAAAAGUGAUUUUUAAUUUUUCUGCCUUUUUCCUUGUUUUCCCAUAAUUAUUUUUAAGAAAACAAUUAAACAUUCAAUAUAUUGAAUCUCAUUUUAUCUAUUUUGAAGAAUUUUUUUUUCCAAUUAUUUAGGGCGUUGCUAUGGUAAUGGUAACUUGAAAAGUUUAAUCGAUGGUCAAAUGUAAAAUCUCGACUCUUAAAAAAACAAAGAAUUAUAAUUGUUAGAGUUGAAAAAAAUAUAAGUGUAAAGUUGAAAAAAAAGGAAAUAAAAAUGCCAUCAAUUGUUUUAAAAAAUUACGAAUGGCGUCAAACAAAUACAAAUGUUAUUAUUAAUGUGGAACUUUUUGGUAAUCCUAACAAAAUAGAUUUCUUUACUUCUGAUAAAUAUGUAAAGGGAAGCUAUCCGCCUUACAUUUUUGAACUGUUUCUUUGGGAAUUUAUUGAUGAAGAAGAAAGCGAGUGUACUUAUAGUCAAAAAGAAAUAAUUAUUUCUUUGAGAAAAAAACAAAUAAAUCUUCAAUGGCCAACACUUGAAUUGGAUAAUUUAAGCAAAGAAUUGAAACGAGAAUGUAGAAAAAUUGCAUUGGAAUAUUCUCAUUUAACUUCUGAACAAAGAGUUAAAGCUAAAAGUGAAAAACGGCAACAUUUACAAAAGCAAUCAGUGAAACAUCAAAUUGAUCUUGAUACAUUGGAUUUAAAUAAAAUAGAAGCAAUUCGUGAUUCUCAUAGAAGAGAAGCUAUGAAAGAAUUUGAGGAAUGGAGAUUAAACAAUGAAAAGCCAAUGUUUGAAGGGAUUAUUGGCAAGAAACAGGAGAAUAGAAAAGAAUACAGGGCACCAUUAAAGUGGUUCAAAGAACCUUCUAAUAAAGAAGCAGCAACCGAUGCAAAUAACAAACCACAAGAUCCAAAGAAACUAUCCAAGAAAGAAGUGGAAUCAGUCAACGAGAAAAUGACUAAAGCAGAGAAAGAUGGAAUAGAGCAUAAAGAAGAAGUAAAAAAAAAUAAAGAUUCUCUUGUCAAUAAAAAUCAUGAUAAAUUAGAAAUCAACAAAGACAAUGAAGACACCGAGGAUUCUGAUUCAGAUUUUGAGGAUAAAAAUCAUUUUAAUGAAUCAAAAAAAGGUUGUCUAAUAAAAGAGAUGAGUGAGAUGGAUUUGAAAAAAUUUUCUAAAAAAAAAAUUGAAUUUAAUAAAGAACAAAUAUUAAGAGAUAGAAGAAAACGCGAAGUAAUUCAAAGAUUUCUUGAUAAAAGUUCUAUAAAGAAGAAUGACAUUUUUGACAAUCCACAUAAAUCAAUGCCACUUCCUAGAAAAUGUUGUACAAUUAAUGUGACAUUUAGUGAACGUGCAUUUCCAACACCAGCGAGAGAAAGUUCUCAUCUUGAAGAACAAGAAUGGCUAGAAAAGCAAGCGAAAGCAAGACGACAAACAGGAUUUGUUUCUGAAGAUCUUCGUCCCGAAGAACAAAAUCCUCAAUGGCUAAAAGAUAAGGGAGAUGAUUUCUUCAAGUUGGGAAAUUAUUUAGGUGCUAUAAGCGCCUACACACAUGGAAUAAAAUUGAGCGAAAAAAUGACAUCACUUUACGUGAAUAGAUCAGCGGCUCAUUAUGCUUUGGGGAAUUUUCACAAAUGUGUAGAAGAUUGUUCAACGGGCUUGGAAUUAAUGAUUCCAAAAUGUGAAGGCAAUCGAGAAUCAAGAGCCAGGUGUCAUGCUCGAAGAGGCGCUGCUCUCUGCAAAUUAUCUGUUCCUCAACAUGGUAUUUCUGAAUUGGAAGCCGCUUUGAAACUAGCUCCGAACAACGAGAGCAUUAAACUCGAUUUAGUAGCAGCAAAAAAAUAUUUCAAACUCGAGAAUUAGAAACUCUUCCCUAGAAAUUUACGCUCAAUUUCUUUGUUCUGUGACCCUUGACAAGCGUAAAUAGCAAAUUACUCAAGACUCUCAGGAAGAAGAGUAAGAUCUAUUGCAUGUUUCACCAUGAAAACAAGACUGACAUUUCUCGAUUCGGCUGGUGCGCAAAUUUGAUUAAUUGGACAACAUCCGGAACCUCCACAUCGUGCUAACACUGUUGAGGGUGGAUAAAAAAUUUCAUCAGCAC